AUGUACUCGACGCAGACAACAAACGGAGUCGGCCUGGGCGACUCUGGAACCAUCAACCCCGCCGCCCUCAAUUCAGCAGGGACUCUCUGUGCUUACUAUGCGGUCUUCACGACAUUUUGCUGUAUUGGAUCAUGGCUGACAUUUGACUUCGCAGGAGCUUUGACGAACCCCACCGCAUCAAUAACUCCAAAUACAAGUCCUCCCAACAGAGGCAUCAAGCGCAGUCACUCUCCGGACUACGGCGACUUACCACCAGGGGAUGAUCUUGGGGAUGAUGGUGACUCAAGGGCGCCGAGAAAGCGAGGAAGACCGAUGAAAUCAAAACCUCCCGGGACUUUCACUGAGAGUUCAAACCAGUCCUCAAUGCCGCUCCCUCAAAAUAUCCCUCCCCAGACCCCGCAAUCGCAAACGGCCCCUCUCCCUCCUCAGCUAAGUAGCAUUACGCCGACACAAGCUUCACCUCCCAAGACGACCCCAACCAAGACCGUGAUAAAGGCAUUGCCAACGGUUAGAGACCACACUACGGAUCAACUAGGCCCUGCAGGAGACGAGUAUAUCCCCCGGGAAUACGAUGAGGCUGGCGAGAAGAAAGUUACGGAAACAGGACUCCUUCAGGAAGGGCGCGAAUACAGAUGCCGGACAUUCUUCGUACCAAACAGAGGGGACAAGCUUUUCAUGCUAGCUACUGAAUGCGCGAGGGUCCUGGGCUACAGAGAUUCAUAUCUAUUAUUCAACAAGAACAGAUCGUUAUACAAAAUCAUAGCAACGCAGGCCGAAAAAGAAGAUCUCAUACAUCAAGAAAUUCUACCAUUUUCCUAUCGCUCUCGACAGAUAGCUAUAGUUACCGCCAAGUCUAUGUUCCGACAGUUCGGUAGCAGGGUCAUUGUCAAUGGGAGGCGAGUUAGGGAUGAUUACUGGGAAACCAAGGCGCGCAAACAGGGUUUCACCGAAGAAGACAUGGCCGGAGAGAAGAGACCUGGCGCUGCCAAAGCUCGAGACGCUGCUGCAGCAGAAGCUAACGCAAAUGCUUCAAUGGCGCUCGGCCAUCAUGGGGAUAUCGUUUAUAGCAGCAGCCCUGCUCAUUUUAGUCACCCACAACCGCAGGCUGUCCAGCCAGGCAUGAUAGGGGCGCCAGGCAGUGCAACAACUCUUCCGAUGAUUACUCUUGCGCCAGAGCAGCCAGAGAUGCGUCUCAGGGAUUACAGCCAUAUCCAGCGCCCAAGGCAAGAAAUCAACGGGCCAGCGUAUCAAGAUCGCACUCAAACAAGCCCGCCUACAGAACUGCUGACGCAUGCCCACCAAACGGCAGAAUACAAUAAACAGGUGAACGCUCAACGAAGUCGCAGUGGCGAAUAUAAUGACCGUCGUUGGAGAACACCACAUGACGCUCCCCAAUCAAACAUUGUUCAGCAGCCAAUAGGCUCUACCGAUGGCCUCCCCACAACGCAAGCUUUACACUCACCCCGCACUUCUCAAAGUGGUGUUCAGCAACCAGCAAUGUCUCAGCAAAACCCCCCACAUAUGAUGCCAGGGCAAUCCUAUUCUCAACCUACCCAUCAGCAAACCCCAAUCGCGCAAUCACCUAUGAGGGCGCCAAGCCAAGGAUCAAUGAGGUCUGAUCAGCUAGGAAGAACUGGCAACUUGCCGAUGGGAUCCAGCAACCUUAGCCAAGGAGGAAACCCGUAUGGAUUCAACCCUCAGACACAAAUGUGGCCACCAUCCCAACCACAGCAGUCUCCGCAACAUUUCCCCAGUUUUACACACUCUCAACAGUCGCCUCAUAUACAGCAAUCAGCACACCAACCAUCUCCGCAACUCAGACACUCUGGAAGUAACCCUCAGAUGCAGCCGGCUUUGCAAUAUCCCGGUAUGCAGGGAUUAGGCCAAGGGUAUCCUGCCCCGGGACGAGGCCUAUACCAACCCGAUCAAGGCGCCCAGCAGUUCAUGCAACCCAGCACAUCUGGACCUCAAGCAGGUGCCCAGGGAUGGGCACCACAACAGCAACCAGGCUCUGGCGGCAACUGGGGAUGGGCAGGCCAACCUCAAUGA